CUUGGAGCCAUCGUGACCAUCUAGAACUUACUCGUGUGCUUACUCGUGUGGUUGAUGAAGAUGAUAUAAAGACCAAUCAUCUUUCCGUUAUAUACCCUAGAAAUCAGUUCUUUUCUGUACUCGAAGACAGUCAAUUACUGUGGAAAUAAAAUGGUGCAAAUUGCAAAUACUUUCCGGUUGAUCUUGGGAUCCCUUCUUGCUGCUACUUUGGUCUCUGCAGUACCUACGGCAGAUACAGGAUCUCUGCUUGAAAGACAAUCAAAUGGCAGACUUGUCUUUGCUCAUUUCAUGGUAAGUUUUGCCUCACCUCUCGUUUCGUUCCCUAACAUAAACAUAGAUUGGCAUAGUAGGCGACCGCGCGAGCCCAGCCGAUUAUGACAACGACAUGCGCAGAGCCAAAGCUCUAGGAAUUGACGCCUUCGCUCUUAACAUUGGUACCGAGACUAACACCGACCAACAACUCAAUUACGCAUAUCAAUCUGCCGCCAACAAUGGGAUGAAAGUUUUCAUCUCGUUUGAUUUUGCUUUCUGGAGCACGGGUAAUGGUGCAGCUGUAGGGGCCAAAAUUGGUCAGUACGCAGGCUUACCGGCUCAAUUGUUUUAUCAGGGGAAGGCUUUUGCGAGUUCCUUCAUCGGAGAUGGAGUGGAUGUUGGGGCUUUGAGAAAUGCGGCUGGAAGAGAGGUGUUUUGGGUGCCGAAUUUCCAUCCCGGGCAGAGUAGCUUUGGGGCACUAGAUGGUGCCUUCAACUGGCAAGUAAGUUAUUUUCUAUGGUAAGAAUUCUGCUUUUGAUACAAUUCCUAAUUUUGAUAGGCGUGGGCAAGUAAUGGAAACAACAAAGCUCCUACACCAGGACAUACCGUUAGCGUUGCAGACGGUGAUGCGGCAUACAGAUCAGCUCUUGGUGGGAAACCAUAUCUUGCACGUAAGUUUUAACCCCAACGCUCUUUCUGCUGAGAAUUUUAAAUUUACAAACCAGCUGACCCUUUACAGCUGUGUCCCCAUGGUUCAACACUCAUUAUGGCCCGGUAAGUUUCCAUGGGCCAAAUUAUGCGUUUCUUUUGCGUUCCAAGAACUAAUAUAAUACAAACCUAGGAAGUUCCUUACAGCAAGAAUUGGGUAUUUCCUUCUGACCUUCUUUGGUACAACCGCUGGAACGAGAUUCUCACACUCGGCCCUCAAUUCUUGGAGAUCAUCUCAUGGAACGAUUACGGUGAGUCACAUUAUAUUGGCCCACUAUCAUCGCUUCAUUGGGAUGACGGAAAUUCGAAAUGGGUAAAUGAUAUGUGAGUUUCAUUCCCAAAAUUCUCUAGCAUCAAUUUCGAAGCUGAUAUUAUUUCAGGCCACACAAUGGUUGGGGAGACAUGGCAAAGCCAUUCAUCGCAGCUUAUAAAGCUGGAUCUCAAUCAGUAAACAAUUUCAUCACCAGCGAUCAGCUGGUCUAUUGGUACAGACCCACUCUGAAAUCACUCAACUGCGAUUCCACCGAUACAACAAUGUUACCCGCCAAUAACGACAGCGGCAACUACUUCCAAGGAAGACCCAACGGCUGGGAUUCCAUGUCCGACUCCAUCUUCGUUGUUUCUCUCCUCACAUCCCCUGGAGUCGUAACCGUAGUCUCAGGAGGCAACACAAGAACAUUCAAUGCUCCAGCCGGAGCUUCUGCUUUCCAAGUCGAUAUGCAAGUCGGCCAACAAGCAUUCUACUUGACCAGAGGAAGCAACACGGUCCUUAGUGCCGUCUCGCUCAAGAACGUCUCUCCAACUUGCAUCUGUGGUCUCUAUAACUUCAACGCUUACGUCGGUACCGUCCCAGCGGGUUCCCCAGAUCCAUUAGGACGCGAUGGCAUCGGUUCACUCACCGCUGGCCUGAGAGUCUCAACCUGUGCAGCAACACCAACUCUCUCCACCGUCCCGCCAUCAGCCACGAAUCCCCCUCCAACAACGACAGCUCCACCUACCACUACACCACCCCCUAACCCCGGACAGGUGAGUCCCACUUUUCCUUCUCCAGGUUCUCCUAUCCACCCCCAAAUAAGUCACAAGUUCAUACUGACACCAAUAUUUCGGAAACAGGUCUGCAUAGCAGGAAGAGGAGAUGGAAACUACGGCGGUCUCUGCAGUUUCUGUUGCAACUUUGGAUAUUGUCCUCCGGGUCCUUGUGUUUGCACAGCAACGGGCUCUCAGGUCCCGCCACCGCCUAAUACUGGGACUGUUGGUGUUCCGUUGCCGGGAGAGGAUGCUAGUUAUCUGGGGCUCUGUAGUUAUGCUUGUGAUCAUGGGUAUUGUCCUAAUACUGCUUGUAUGGUUAGAUGAGAGGUUAGGUAAGGUUUUGGGGUCGUGAAAUUUCAGGGUAACAAGAGUGGAGGUGGAGAGACAAGAAGGGCCAAAUUGUGGAUAUAUAUU